AUGGAUUCCGAUGAAGAAGAUUUUGUUUUCUUCGGAACAACAAUAGAGCGAGAAGAAGAUUCAAUCAGCCGCAAAAAGAAAGCCGUUGCUGAGUCCUCUGGUCAACUCCGAACACUCCCUGCUUGGAAGCAAGAGGUUAGAGAUGAUGAAGGGAGGAGAAGAUUCCAUGGUGCGUUUACAGGAGGUUUUUCUGCUGGUUACUAUAAUUCAGUGGGCUCGAAGGAAGGGUGGGCACCUCAGACUUUUGUAUCGUCUAGGAAGAGCAGAGCUGAAUUCAAAGAGCAGAGCAUAAUGAAUUUUCUAGAUGACGAUGAGAAAGCUGAUUUGGAAGGUCAGUAUUUGGGAACAUCUUCCCAGUUUGACACUUUUGGUUCCACAGCUGCUGAAAUUGCUCGCAAACAAGCUGAGAAGGAACAGAAACAAAGGCCAUCCAUAAUUCCCGGACCUGCUCCUGAUGAAUUGGUUAUUCCAGCCACAGAGUCUGUAGGGGUGAAACUGCUGAUGAAGAUGGGAUGGAGUCGUGGGCGUUCAAUUAAAGAUUCACAUGCUGAUGCCCUCUAUGAUGCAAGAAGACAGGCUCGGAAAGCUUUCUUAGCAUUUUGUUCAGAUGAUACAAAAGUGAAGGUUACCGAGUCUGAGCCUACCAAGGAUGAUAUCGAAAACUUCCCGGAGCAGCCUGUGAAUAAUGAUGCUCAGUCUUCUAAGAGUACACCAGCUUACGUACUCAACCCAAAGCAAGACCUGUAUGGAUUAGGUUUUGAUCCCUAUAAGCAUGCUCCUGAGUUUAGAGAGAUGAAAAGGUCACGCUUAUCCAGCAAAGCGGGAUCCGGGCACAGCAACAACUUUUCUAAAAGAGACAGUCUUUUUGGUUUUAAGUCAGGAAAAGCUGCCCCUGGAUUUGGCAUUGGUGCACUUGAGGAACUUGAUGCCGAGGAUGAGGAUGUUUAUGCCACUGGUUAUGUGUUUGAAGAUGCUUAUGUUCAAGAAGAGGUUGAGGAACCUUCACUGUUGGCCCUAGAAAAUACAAAAAAGAAAGAUCAGAAGGACCAGGGUAAUGUGCCUGGUUUUAGAGUGGCAUCCAAUUCUGACUAUAGAAUGGAAAGAUUUGAGGCUCCUGUGAUUCCCAAGGAUUUUGUGCCCCGCCAUUCAUUUUCUGGACCUAGUGAGAUUAACCGCCAGAACUAUCAGGUCCCUCCACCAGAUGUCCCUCCUCCCGAGGAUGGCAAUUUAAAAAUAUUAAUUGAGGGGGUUGCAAAUCUAGUAGCUAAAUGUGGUAAAUUAUAUGAGGAUCUAUCUAGAGAAAAAAACCAGUCAAACCCAUUGUUUAACUUCCUUUCUGGAGGGACUGGCCACGAUUAUUAUGCAAGGAAACUGUGGGAGGCACAACAGAAAUGCAAUGGUCAGAGUAGGGUGCAGUUGGAUGGGAAAGUGCCUCCUGGUGUGCAAAGGCUGACAGCUGAGAGUCGAGGUCAGAUCUUAGGGGAAAAACCUCUAGAGAAAACCUCAAAAGAUCCAUCCACAUCUGUUUGUUCUACAGAUAUUCAGCUCCAAUAUAAUCUUGUAGAUACAUUUACUAAGUCUGCAUCAUUUAGUGAGUUACUAGAAUUUGAAAAGCCUUUCAAGGGUGAUCCUGCAAAGCAAGAAAGAUUUGAGCAGUUUAUCAAGGAAAAGUAUAAAGGUGGAUUACGUUCUGCAAGUUCGAGUUUAGCUGGGAAUAUGUCGGAAGCUGCUCGUGCUCAAGAGAGACUAUCUUUUGAGGCUGCAGCGGAUGCAAUAGAAAAGCAAAAGCAGAGCAGGGGAAGCAACAAGCUUUCAAUUCCAUCUUCCAUGGAUUUCAUCACAGGUGGUGUAAUGGAGUUUACAUCUGGUGCAAUGGAGCCAACAAAAGGCCAGCCAGCUGUAGAUUUUAAGGAGAAGAAAAUGUACCCAAAGAGGGAAGAAUUUCAAUGGCGCCCUUCACCUCUUCUCUGCAAACGCUUCGAUCUUGUUGAUCCUUAUAUGGGGAAGCCUGCACCUGCUCCACGGAUUAGGAGUAAGAUGGAUUCAUUGAUUUUUACAUCAGAUUCAGUGAAUGGUACAAAAGUGGAAGAGUCUGUGACUGUAAAGAGAGACAUCUCAACCUUGCAAUUAUCUGCUAAUCAAGACACAAACAAAAGUAUUGCAGAAAAUGAAACUGAAGAGGAAGUGGAAGUUGAAAAUAUUGAAAGGCCGGUUGACCUGUACAAGGCUAUUUUCUCGGAUGAUUCAGAUGAUGAAGGAGAAGAUGAUACUAUUAUGAAAGUGGAGAAUCAAGAAAAGAAAGCUGAAGUAGCUAACACAGCAUUGAGCCGUUUGAUUGCUGGUGACUUUCUGGAGUCUUUGGGCAAGGAGCUAGGGAUUGAGGUUCCUCCUGAUACACCUUACCCUCCGCAAAAGUCAAGCAAUGAUGCUUCCCAGAAAGAAAAUGUUAAUGAAUAUGCAAAACCUGACAUCAUAAGCAGUGAAAACAACAGUGUGGUGUCAUUGAAACAUGAUUUGCCACAGGAUCAGUACAUUGCUCAUGCAGGUGGACCCUCAAAAAGUGACAUCCGGUAUGGAAAUAUGCUCGAUAACCGUAGCAUUAAAACCAAGGGAACUAGUAUCUCUGAUAGUAAAUCAAGUAAGUCUCGUGGGGAGAAGCGUGGAGAUGAUGGGAAGGUUAAAUCCCCUUUAGUCAGCAACCAAGACUAUACCAGCAGUUCAGAGGAGGAAAGGAGCAGAAAGCGCUCAAGUAAGUUGAAUAAGGAAAAAUAUGACGAGCACAGAAAAACUAAAACACCAUCAGCAUCCCGCCUUGAUUAUAGAAGCAGUUCUUUAUCGGAAGAGGAAAGGAGUAGAAAACGAUCCAGGCAUCAUCGACACAGGAGGCGUGAUGCUGGAAGUGAUUCAUCCAGUGGUGAUGAAAGAGAUCAACGCAGUUCAAGGUCAAAAGGGAGAAGAAGGGAAAAGUCUUCUCGAGAAAAAAGCACUGGAAGUAAGAAACACUCAAAACAUCACAAACACAGAAAGCAUCAAUCUCCAAAUAGAACCUCUCAUAAUAGCGUGGAUAGGGAAGAUGCACAUUCUAGAAAAGAGAAAAGACGGAGGGAAUGA